AAUCGAGAGAGUUUGGUGGAAGAUUUUCACCAGAUUUCAUGGGAGAAGAAGAGAGUCGAAUUGGAGACGAGCUUUCGAUUUUGGUUCUCACGGCGGAGAGACUCCGUGUAGCGGUGGAUGAAGCUGAAUCGUUCAAAACAGAGUGUGGCGAGGUUGGUAAACAAGUAGAUCGGCUUGCUCAAAUGCUUAGAACACUUGCUCGAUUCGUCUCUAGUUCUUCUCAACAGGUUUAUGAUCGGCCGAUUCGGCGAGUUAUCGUCGAUGUUAAGAAGAAUCUAGAACGAGGUUUUUCUCUUGUUCGUAAGUGUAGGAGACACAAUAUUAUCCGGCGAGUUUGUACUAUCAUCAACGCUGCUGAUUUUCGUAAGGUGAUUAAUCUUCUUGAAUCUUCUAAUGGUGAUGUGAAAUGGAUUCUGAGUGUGUUUGAUUCCGAUGGAGAUGGAAGUUUUGGUGGUGGAAUUGUGAUUUCGCUUCCUCCGAUUGCAACGAAUGAUCCGAUUUUGCCUUGGGUUUGGUCUUUGGUUGCGUCGAUACAGAUGGGGAAAUUGGUGGAUAAGAUUGACGCAGCGAAUCAGCUUGGUUCUCUUGCCGGAGAUAAUGAUCGGAAUAAGAAGAUUAUUGUUGAUGAAGGUGGUGUUGCUCCGUUGUUAAGGCUUUUAAAGGAGAGUUCAUCGGCGGAGGGGCAAAUCGCAGCGGCUACUGCGUUAGGGUUAUUGGCUUGUGAUGAAGAUAAGGUUAGGUCUAUUGUUAAUGAACUCGGUGUUCCGAUUAUUGUUCAGGUUCUUGGUGAUUCUUCGGUUAGAGUUCAGAUUAAGGUAGCUACAUUGGUUGCUAGAAUGGCUGAACAUGAUCCUGUUGCUCAAGAUGAGUUUGCUAGGCAGAGUGUGAUUAAGCCGCUAGUUACGUUGCUUUCGCUUGAUGUUUUCGUCGAUGAUAUUCAUUUGAGUAAGCAUAAUAGUAUUCACUCUCUUGUUCAGAUGAACAAAGAGGUUGAGAAAGAUCCGUCUUCGAAGCUUUAUAGGCCGCUUAAGAGUUCUAAGUCGAAUGUCUAUCGUGAUAUUGGUGGUAGUGGAAGUAGAACAGGGAAUUUGAAGAAGGAGAGGGAUAAUGAGAAUCCUGAGGUGAAACAUGAGCUUAAGGUUAAUUGCGCCGAAGCUUUGUGGAUGCUUGCUAGAGGGAAUGUAGCGAAUAGUAGGAGGAUAACGGAAACGAAAGGGCUGCUUUCUUUGGCGAAGAUAGUGGAAAAAGAAGUUGGAGAGUUGCAAUACAAUUGCUUGAUGACUCUGAUGGAGAUAACUGCUGCUGCGGAGUCGAACGCUGACCUUAGACGAGCAGCUUUCAAGACUAAUUCUCCUGCUGCGAAAGCUGUUAUUGACCAGAUGUUAUGGAUAAUCAAAGAAGUCGAUAGCCCAAUUCUGAAAAUCCCAGCGAUUCAAUCUAUCGGGUCGUUGGCAAGGACAUUCCCAGCAAGAGAAACGAGAAUGAUCCAGCCGUUGGUCGAGAAACUCGGUAGCAGCAACCAAGAAGUGGCCAUAACAGCUGUAAUUUCAUUACAGAAAUUCGUCUGUCCCGAAAAUUUCCUCUGCGCAGAGCACUCGAAGAACAUAAUCGAAUACGCGGCAAUCCCGUUACUGAUGAAACUGAUAAGGAACUUCGAGCAGCAAAUGCAGUUACAGUGUCUAGCUCUGCUCUGUUACCUUUCAAUAAACGCUAGUAACCACGAGCAAUUGGAACAGGCCAAGGUUUUGACGGUGCUCGAAGGUGCAGAACGUUUGGCGGGUCUGCAGAAUAUGGAGUUGAGAGAACUCGUGUCGAAAGCGAUAUAUCAGCUAAGUCUAUACAAUGCAGGAAGUCACAGUCAAAUGCUAUCGUAUGGUGGUCCUUAAAGCAAGAUACAGUUUAUAGUGUGUUGGAUUCAUAUGGUAUAGGCAGAGAUUCUUCAUUGUUAGAUUUACAGAGAAAGAGCAAAAGCAGAAUCUCUUAUUUUGUGAUCGUUGAUUGAUCAAAUCCUUCAUUGUAAAUGAAAUCGAAACAAAGAUAAUUAGAAGGAAGGGUAAUAAAACUAGCUUUGCUCUCUCUGGUUUGCUUGGUUAUGAUGAUUCCGAAUUUUCUGGUAUAGUUUUUUCAUGAUAUAAAUUUUUGUAAAAUGG